AUGAACGUUUGCAGUUCACGAUAUUGUCAAUAUAAUUUGACUUCCACUUAAAUGGUUCCAAUACCAAAAUAUAGAGUUAAUUGUCCCUUUUGUAAACAUGCUUAUUAUUGUUCUUAAAGAUGUAGAGAUAUUGAUUGGUAAAUUGAGUUAUUAUGUAAGGACAUCUGGACAUAAAAACUAAUGUAUACCUUAAAACAUGUUAAAUUCAUAGGAAAUUGCUUAUAGUGAUAAAGUAUCAACCUUAAGAUAAAUGAAAAGAAGUCCAGAAGAGUUUGAACUUAUAUAUGAUUAUCCAUAACUUGGAAAAGGUAGUUUUGGAGCAGUUAGAUUAGUAAAAGAUAAAACUAAUGGAUAGUUACAUGCAAUGAAGAUUGUAUAUUUGAUUAUGAAAUUUAGAUGAAUAAGAAAGAUAUUUUCGAGUAUUGUUCAAUUGAAAACUUAAAAAGAGAGAUUCGAAUACAAAGAAAAUUGAAUCAUCCAAAUAUUACAUAAUUGUUCCAUUAUUUUGAAGAUAAAGAUAAAGUUUAUCUAAUUUUAGAAUAUGCAGAACAUGGUUCACUAUUUUAAUUAUUAAAAAGAAGAGGAAGAUUAAAUGAAAAUGAAGCAUUGAAAUUUUUUAAAUAAACUUGUUUAGGAAUAGAUUAUUUACAUUAAUAAAAUAUCAUUCAUAGAGAUCUUAAAGUAACUUUGUAUAAAUAAUUAUAUAGCCUGAAAAUAUAUUAUUAGAUAUUGGUGAUAAUGUAAAGAUUUGUGAUUUUGGUUGGUCAGCUGAAAAUUUAGGUUCAAAAAAGAGAAGUACAUUCUGUGGAACUAUAGAUUAUAUGGCUCCUGAAAUGAUUGAAGAUAGACCACAUGAUCAUACUUUAGAUAUAUGGUGCUUAGGAAUUUUAUUAUAUGAAUUAUUACAUGGUGAAGCACCAUUCAAAGGAAAGAAUGAUAUUGAGAAAUGUAAUAAUAUUGUUAAGAUAAAUUACACCAUUCUUGAUAAUAAUUUGAGUUCAGAUGUUAAAGAUCUAAUUACUGGUCUAAUUAAAUAUAAAUAAAAAGAUAGAUUUACUAUGAAAUAAAUUCUGAAUCAUAGAUGGCUCAAUAAAAAUGAAUUUGAAUUGGAUAAAUUAUAAAAUACUUAAAAUAGAGUAAGAGUUCAUGGAAGUAAUUUAUAUUAAGAAAAUUAAUAUUUCUCUAAAUCUACAGCUACUUCUCAAUAAUCUUUCAUUAGAUAAAAUAUAACACUUUAAACUCAAACUGAUAAUUCUGUUUAAGAUUUCAAAUAAUAAUAUCGUCGUAGUAGACAUUCUGAUUCUUAAAAAAAGGAAAUAAGAUCAUAAACAGUCAAAUAAAAAAAUGAAUCUUUCAUGCAAAAAUUGUUAGUGGCAUUAGGUUGUGUUAAAAGAGAUUCAUAUGCAGAUACAAAUUUCAUAGAUACUUAAAAAUAAUGA